AUGACCCGCGACAAUGCCACCGGCACGACCACGGCUUCUUCGUCUUCGCGGGCGCAAAGCUCUGACGCAGACGAGCGCACGCCCUUGAUUGCCAGCGGCAUGGCUCCUUCACAUACAGACAAGCAUGUCAUUGCCGCCGGUGUCGGCUCCGACGUCGAGUCACCACACCACCACCAGCACGACCACGAUGACACUAUUGCCUCCAGCUCCCGCGUCGAAGAAGCCGACUUCGUCACCCUCGCCGAGCAGCAGGACCUGGCGCGCGGUCUUAAGCAGCGACACAUCUCCCUCAUCGCCAUCGCGGGCGCCAUCGGCACCGGCCUCUUCCUGGGGCUCGGCGGCUCGAUCCAGACGGGCGGCCCGCUCGGCGCGCUGCUGGGCUACGUGACCGUCGGCGCGAUCGUGUGCUGCGUCCAGUUCGCGUUGGGGGAGGUCACGGCGCUGCUGCCCGUGACGGGCUCGUUCGUGCGGCACGCCGAGUUCCUCGUCGACCCGGCGCUCGGCUUCGCCGUGGGGUGGAAUCUGGUCUAUGGCAAUUUCCUCAGCAUCCCGACCGAGAUCUCGGCGAUUUGCGUGCUGUUCAACUUUUGGACGGAUGUUAGCCCAUCAGUGUGGAUCGUCGUGUUUAUCGGGUUGACGUUCGCCGUGGGCAUGUGCUUUGUCGGCGUGUAUGGCGAGGUGGAAUUCUGGUUCGCCAUGCUGAAGAUCGUCUUUAUCGUCUUCCUCAUCCUGCUAGGACUCGUCAUCGACUUGGGUGGCGUGCCGGGGACGCCGAGGAUGGGGUUUCGAUACUGGAAGCUUCCCGGCCCCUUUGUCGAGUACAUCGCGAGUGGAAGCUGGGGCCAGUUUUUAGGCUACUGGGCAGUCAUGAGCAACGCCGUCUUCAGCUUUGCCGGCGUAGAGAGCAUCGCAAUGGCGGCGGCCGAGACGCGCAAUCCCCGCAUUGCGAUCCCAAAGGCCUGCAAACGCGUGUUUGCGCGCGUCUCCGUCUUCUACGUCCUUGCCGUUUUGGUCGUUGGCAUGCUCGUCCCAAGCAACGACUCCCGCCUCGACGACGAGUCCGGCACCGCGGCGCAGAGUCCCUUUGUCAUCGCCGCCAGCGCAGCGGGCCUCCACGGCGUCCCCUCACUCGUCAACGCCAUCGUCAUCACUUCCGCCUGGUCCGCACAGAACCAGGCACUGCUGUCCGGCACACGAGUGCUGUACAGUCUCGCAUUGAAGCAGCAAGCGCCGAAAAUCUUCCUGCGCACCACCAGCUGGGGCGUGCCUUACAUGUGCGUCAUUGCGCAGACGGCCUUCAUGUUCCUAGCCUUCAUGAGCCUGUCCGAGGGCGCCCUCGCCGUCUUCUGGUGGCUCGUCGACCUGACCGCCUGCGGCGUGCUCAUUUCCUGGAUCUCCAUCUUGACCAACCACUGGCGCCUGAUGCUGGCCAUGAAGAAGCAAGGGAUCGCCAUGAGCAGAUUGCCGUGGCAUAACCGAUGGACAGAAUGGGCCACUCCCGCAGCACUGACGCUCUGCUUCCUCAUCCUGUUCACUGCCGGCUUCGCCAACUUCACCCGCGGCAAUUGGAGCGCCGCCGGCUUUGUUUCGUCUUACCUUGACAUACCGCUCGUCCUCACGGCAUACGUGCUUUGGAAGCUGAUCAAGCACACCAAGAUCCACGACCUGGCGGCGAUCCCUCUUGAAGAGGCGCUGGAGCGGGCGGCGCGGGAUCCCGGGUACGAGGAGAAGCUCCCGCGGUGGAGGCAGAUCGUGGGUAUCCUGUGGGACUGA